UUCUCUUAUAAUCAAAACCCUAAUCUUAUCAGUCUCCAUAAAACCCUCUUAAUAUUCGAUUACCCUCAUCUUCUCUACCUCGAUCUCCAUGGCUGACCGUCAAUGGCCUCCUCCCAACCCUUAUCAUCCUUCUCCUUCCCAACCCUCCUCAGUCCAAUCCUUGGAAGAUCUACUAUCUCAAAUGUCGAUAUCAGGUUCGCAAUUACCUUACCAAUACCCGAACCUCCCCCGCUCGAAUAAUGAUCUCGAUCUUCACCAUCAUCAUGAAUUCCUCUCAAGUUUAUCUCCUUGGGAAUUGAAUCAAUUCCUAGCCUCAAUGGCGCCUAGGAAUCAUGAAGUUAAUAACCAUACUAUCCUUCCUGGUUCGGGUUUUGCUUCGCCGCCGGUUCAUUCUUCAAUGCUUCAUCGAACCGGUGUUCGGUCUGUCGGCAGCGGAACUAACCAUAUCGGAAAUAAUGGGUUGCAGUUUAAUCCAACUAACAAUAACUUUAUGAACUACUUACUUGAUAUUAAGGUUCGUACUAUGUUGUAUGAGUUGUACGUCAAGGAAUUAAACAGUCGUUAUAAUCAUAAUCAUAAUCUUAGUUAUCAUCAUCGUCAACGUCAUGCGAAUUACAACAACAACAGUAAUUCAAGGAGGAUGACGGCGACGGCGACUAACGGUAGGAACGGCUUAACCCCGGUGAGUACGGAUUAUAUUCCGACCUCAUGGGAUGAAAUUAAGGGAAAGGUUGUUGAAUAUGCCAACGACAAAAGCUUAAGUAGUAUUCUGAUGAAGAAGUUAAAGUUAGGGCAUAUUGAAGGGAUAAACAUUGUUGUUUCUGAGGUUAAAUUGGGUAUAACUCAGAUCUUGUUCAAUCAAUAUGGAAGUCCAUUCUUUCAAACAUUGUUGGAAAUUCUUGAUUAUCAACAUGUUUUCGAGCUUUUGAAGGCGGUUAUGGCUAAUCAACAAGUUUUUCUUGAUAUCUGCAUUGAUGUUCAUGGGACUAGGGCAGUACAAAAAUUGUUGAAUCACCUCAAUUGGAAUGGGGAGGAGGAGCAAGCAAUGGUGUUGAAUUCAAUCAGAGGGUUUGUCAAGUAUUUGACAAUGAAUUUGAAUGGUCAACAUUAUGUAGAAGAGCUUUUGAAACACUUCAAACAAGUUCAUCAAGUCUCUAGGCCUAUAUUGGAGGAGAUAGCUGAUCAUUGUGUGGAAAUUGCAAUGGACCAAAGUGGCUGUUGUAUUUUUCAGCAAUGUAUUACACAUCAAGGCCCCGAACGUGAUCGUAUCAUUCAUGAGAUCAUAACUCAUGCCGUGGAAUUAACUGAAAACAAUUACGGUAACUAUGUUAUACAAAGGCUUAUUGAAAACUUGAAGAAUGAAGGUGACAUUAUUGGAAAAGCAGUAAGGGCACUGGAGGGCAGUUUUGUAUAUUUGUCAAAGAACAAAUUUGGUAGUCAUGUUGUUGAGAAACUCUUGAAAUACGCUGAUGACGAACUCGUCAAUCUAAUGAUCAAGGAGAUCAUAUUUGACCAAAAUGAUCCUAAUAAUUUUCUAGAGAUUGCUCAGCAUCCUUUUGGCAACUAUGUUCUUCAAACUGCUCUCGGUAGAUCCAAGGAAAUGUAUUCAUACAGAUGUAAGUGGUCUACACACUCGAGAUUGGUGGAACGAAUUGAGGCUAAUUAUCCGUAUUUGCAGAGUCAUAUGUUCGGCAAAAGGGUGCUGAAUUCUGUCAAGAACAAGUACUACCGUGUAUAGCGCUCUGUCUCGCUUCCGCGUAAUUGAUACCAGAUCGAUCUUAGUGUUCAUUAUUUUCUUGUUGUGUUGUGUUGUUGUGUUUGUUUGUUUGUUUGUUUGUUUGUUUGUGUUUCAGAACUACAUGCAAUGUUGUAGUCAAUUAAACUUAUGUGUGUGUUUGUAAUUUAGAAUACAGAUUAGCGGUUCUUAAUUGCUAGGGGGUUUAUGGUUUUGCCUACUGAUUGUAGUGUGUUUGUCACUUUAUGUUGUCAAUGUUGGUGUUCAAUUAAUAAAUUCGUGUUU